UUCUGUCCAAGCCUUAAAAAUAGUCCUUCAUCAAAGACUAGAUUACCGGGCCCUUAUCAAUUAGUAGUAGAUGCUUCCACUCCACAUAUAAAAGCAUGUAGAGGGUUUCAUGAUAAACGUGUUCUAAUUUCCGACUUCUCUCUCUCUCUCCACGUCAUUGAUUGUUUUUUUAUAGCAUCUGAUUAUGUUCGGUGCAGAAACCUUUCUCGGAGUUAAACCUCUGUGUAAUUUGCUUGAUUUUCAUGUUUUGCACCUUAUUCUGUUCGGUUAUGUCGGUCUUCGAUCGCACUUGCUGAUUUUUUUUUGAAUUGAGGAAUUAGGUUUCGGCGGUGACAGCAUAAGCUUUCUUUUGGGGAUAUUUUGCAGGUUUCUGUGAUGGGCCGGACGUAGUUAGGACUUUGUUAUACAUCUCUUGAGUGGAAAGGUCUGGAAUUGGAAAAGUUUGUACUUGGGUGGAGGUAUAUCUGGAAAGGGGUGAAUUAGGUGUUCUGUGAUAUUGGUGGUUUCUGGGUGUUGAGCUAUUCUUUCUGGUGGUACAAGAUGAGUUCAAACGUGUCCGAAGGUGUAAUUCAGGGAGGCAAACUUAUUGUUCAUAUCGCCGAGAAUGGACACUCGCUUGAGCUGGACUGCGACGAAUAUACCCUCGUGGAGGCAGUUCAACAGUUCCUACAUUCCAAGUCUGGGAUUCAACUGAGUGAUCAGCUGCUUUUAUGCUUGGACAUGAAGCUUGAGUCAAAGUGUCCACUUUCGGUCUACAAACUUCCGUUCGAUGACUGUGAGGUGUUCUUGUUCAAUAAAGCGAGGAUGCGUAGUAAUUCCAUGCUUCCUGAGGCUGAGCAAGUUGAAACCCCUGAAAUUCCAGACCCUCCAUCACCGUCGGAUUCUCAUAACCCCCACCCCCUAGAUGAUGCUUUGGAUCCUGCACUAAAGGCAUUACCUUCUUAUGAGAGGCAAUUUAGGUACCAUUACCACUGCGGGUAUGCGAUUUAUAGGCGCACCCAAGUGGCAUUUGAGAUUUGUGAGAGACUCUUACAAGAACAAAAGGUGCAAGAGAGGGCAUUGGAUAUUGCUAGGGGUAAUUUGGAUUACUUCUAUAAGAUGAUUCUCCAAAAUUAUAUGGACUUUAUGAAGUUUUACACGCAGCAACAUAGGAGCCAUUCCUAUCUUCUUGUGAAUUUUGGGAGGGAGAUUGAGAAACUGAGAUCCUGCAAACUUCUGCCUGCUUUACAAACGAGUUCAUGUAGGUGCUUGCUUGAUUUUGUGAAGGAAGAGAACUUGCACAAGGUGGUGGAGGAUUGCAGCAGUUCACACAAGCAGUUCGAAAAUAAGAUUUUGGAAUUUAAGCAGGAGUUUGGAGAUCUAAAGCGCAGCGCUGAGCAUUUGUUUACUAACAAAGCGUCCUUUCUUGUUAGAGAUUUGGCAUUUACAAUCAGGGAUCACCAGCGAUUGGUUAAUGAGCAAAAAAGUAUAAUGCAAGCUUUGAGUAAAGAUGUAAAUAUGGUGAAGAAACUUGUGGAUGACUGUCUGAGCAGCCGAUUGUCCGCUUCCCUACGUCCUCACGAUGCAGUUUCAGCUUUGGGUCCUAUGUAUGAAAGCCACUACAAAAGUUACCUUCCUAAAAUGCAGGCUAGUCACUGUGCAAUUUCCAAUCUGGUUGAUUUCUGCAUGGAUAAAAAGAAUGAAAUGAACAUCUUUGUGCACAAUUACAUGCAGAAGAUAGCGUAUAUUCAAUACAUUAUUAAAGAUGUGCGCAACAAGUUUUCUGUUUUCACAGAAGCAAUCAAUUGUCAGAAUGAUCAAUUUGAGCCCUUGAAAGUUGUCUUUGGGGUUGGCCCUGCAUAUAGAGCAUGCCUCGCGGAAGUAGUGAGAAGAAAGGCUUCAAUGAAGCUCUACAUGGGCAUGGCUGGACAAUAUGCUGAAAAGCUUGCAAUAAAGAGGGAGGCUGAGGUCAGAAGAAGGGAGGAGUUUCUUAAAGUACAAUGUUCAUUUAUACCUAGUGAUAUUUUAGCAUCCAUGGGAUUGCAUGAUACUCCUAACCACUGCAAUGUCAAUAUAACUCCUUUUGACACUAAUUUGCUUGAUAUUGACAUAUCAGAUUUAGAUCGUUUUGCCCCGGAGUAUUUAGUAGGACUAUCAGCAAAUAGUGGAAAACAUGGAAAUUUGAAGGGUUCAUUUUCUGUUUCUAAUGAUAGUUCUUGCUCAGCCAUACUUGAAGACAAUGUUGUAGAUUCCUAUAUAAAAUAUGACACGGAGGAGCAACUUGAGGGUUCUGAGUUGGUAGAGGUUGGUGGAACUAGCAAAUUGAAAGUUGAGAAUGCAAAGCUGAAAGCAGAACUUGCUUCUGCAAUUGCCCUCAUUUGUUCCCUCAGUCCUGAAGUUAAAUCUGAAUCACUUGAUGAUAGUAAAAUGGAUAGUUUACUGAAAAAUGUAGCAGAAAAGACAGCUGAAGCCUUGCAUCUGAAAGAUGAAUAUGGGAAACACCUUGAAUCUAUGCUAAAGGUUAAACAAAUUCAAUGUCAUUCAUAUGAGAAACGCAUUCAAGAAUUGGAGCAAAAGUUGUCUGAUAAGAUGGGGUCGAACUUUGCCCUUCCAACUGUAAAGGUUGGUGAUAGCAGAUUGGAAAUCUCAGAUGAAGCAGAAGCUCACAUGCCUUGCAUGUCAAGUGAAUUCAUGGAUGAGGUUUCUUGUGCCUCUAAUUCUUUGCAAGUCAAAUUAGGGCUUUUCACUAAACUGUCAGAAUCAGAAGGAUUAGAUGAUAAUAUGGUAGAUUCUUCUUCAAUGAUAAAUCCUCAGGUAGAUUCGUCUAUCUUCGAACUACCUCAUGACGUGGCAUAUGCAAAUGACAAAGCUGGGAAAGAUACAACUGCAGCAGAACUGGGCAUGGCGCUGGCAACCAGUUUCACUGCAGAGGGAGUAUCUGAACCCCAAAAUCAUUUACCUGCGGAAACAGCAGCUGGGAAGGUUUUGGACUCUAAGGCAAGCCCUUAUCUUGUGCUGGAAUUGCAGAAUGCACUUGCAGGUAAGUCAAGUCAACUGAGUGAAACAGAAAAGAAGCUGAAAGAUCUAGUGGGCGAGGUUGCCAAGCUUAAGAGGGAGUUGGAAAUUAGCCAGAAGCUCCUUGAUGAAUCUCAGAUGAAUUGUGCUGACUCGGAGAAUUGUCUGCAUGAAGCCAGAGAAGAAGCCCAAACCCAUCUUUGCGCUGCUGAUCGCAGGGCCUCAGAGUAUAGGGCAUUGCGUUCCUCUGCUGUAAAGAUGCAUAGCCUUUGUGGAAGACUAAAGAGCUGUGUUUCUUCAGGCAGUGUGGCUGGGUUUCCUGAGUCCUUGCGUGCUCUAGCUCAGUCUUUGGCUAAAUCCACCAAUGAUAGGGACAAUGAUGGUACUAUUGAGUUUGGAGAAUGCAUCCGGGUACUCGCUGACAAAGUUGGUGUCUUGUCAAGGCACUGUGAAGAGCUGCUUGAUAGGUAUCCAAAGGCUGAAGUUGCAAAUGAGCAACUUAAAAAGGAAGUGGAAGAAAAGAAAGAGUUGCUCAAUGCUCUAUACAUGAAACAUCAGCUUGAGAAACAGGCAAACAAGGAGAAGAUUUCUUUUGGCCGUUUGGAAGUCCGCGAGAUUGCUGCAUUUGUCCUAAACUCUGCUGGUGAUUACGAGGCAAUAAACCGAAAUUGCCAUGACUACUACUUGUCUAAAGAAUCUGUUGCCUUAUUUGUGGACCAUCUCCCAAACCGCCCGAGCUACAUCAUUGGGCAGAUAGUACAUAUUGAACGUCAGUCUGUCCGAGCAAGGCCCUCUAGGGGAUCUCCCCUAGAGUUCCAAAAAACUCCUUAUGGUCUCCCAGUUGGCAGUGAUUACUUUACAGUGACAGUAGCUAUGUUACCUGAUACUGGCAUUCAUUCGCAGCCUCCUUCCUGAUCUUUGUGAAAAUGAAGACUGACCUGAUGGAAGAAACCUAGUGUACAUUUACGAUACUCUAAUCAAAGAUAAGUCCUCAUGCUGGUGGGAUAAUUGAGUAAUUUCCUUUCUGUACAGAUGAUGAUAAACUCAGUUCAAUCUUCCCAUUGUAUAUAAAGCUACUAAUUAUCUGAUUUGUAAGUAAUAACCCUUUGUAAAUGUACAAUUGUCUGUUUAGAGUCUUUAGACUCCCAUAAUGGUAAGAGAACUCUUUAAAA